AUGGAUCCCCAGCAUCUCCAAGCUACCUUGGACCUUAUUUUAGGACAACUAGGCACCGUUACUCAACAAAUUCGCAACACCCAAACUGAUCUAGCUGACUUUAGGCGCCACACGAGUGACCGAUUAGAUAAUAUCGAGCGUAAUGGGAAUCCUGCAAUUUAUACGCCAUCAAGACCUCACUCACCUUAUGGCGAAGACAACCGACCCGAUCAUGAACCCCCGCGAGAUCCCGGACGUUUUCAAGACCAUUACCAACGCAACCCGAGGCCACCUCAAGAGCCCAUAGGGGACGACAACACUUGGAGAGACAACGACGCUCAAUUACUAAAGAACAUUAGGAUUGACGCCUCAACGUACGACGGGACCCUUGACCCUCAAGUUUUCCUAGAUUGGCUCAAGUCAAUGGAUAGUUAUUUCAAAUGGUACAACAUCUCUGAGGCUAGGAAAGUUAGGUUCGCCGAAAUGAAGCUCAUUGGUCGAGCCAACCUGUACUGGACCAACUUAGAAAACAUGCGCGAAGCUCGCGGUGAACACCCUAUCAGCGAUUGGAGAACCAUGAAGCAAGAACUUAGGAGAAAAUACCUCCCACCAUCCUACUAUCCUAAACUCCUAGAUAAGUGGAAUAGACUGACUCAAGGAAGCAAACCUGUUAAGGACUACAUCUCUGCCUUCGACGAUUUCUUGAUUCGUUGCAACGGAGAGGAGUCCGCCACCCCAACCCAAAUCCCAUCCAUGUUUAGAGCUGGCCUUAGGGAAGAUCUUAGAACCGAACUGUUUGCUAGAGGAAUAGACACCUUAGAGGCCGCUUGCAGCCUGGUUCUUGACCUAGAAGAAUCCAAGACCCACUCCCACACUAGGAAGUUUGAUGUCCGUCCUAACCCCUAUCGAACCUCUACUAGCCAGACCCAAAAUCGAUCUACGAACUCGAUAGGUAGUCGACUCACUGCCAGUUCGACCCCACCUCGCCCAGACUCUAAAGGUAAGGCCCCCGAGCGCGAGACGCCCAAAACCAACUCAGGAACCAAAUGUUAUAGGUGUCAUGGGUAUGGGCACAUUGCGUCCCAAUGCUCCAGCCCAUAUAAGGUUACCAUUAUAGAAGAGGAUGAUGAUGACGAGGACGAACCUGAGACUGACAUAGUUCAUCAUGUUGAUGAAGAAGAAGACUCCUUUAUGGAAGAAGAACCUGUUACCCUUCAGGUUGUUAGAUGCGCUUUGACACAACCCAAGUUAAGCGAUGAUUGGCGUAGGACUUCCAUUUUUCAUACCUUUGUUAAGAUUGGGGAAAAGAACUGCAAGGUUAUCGUCGAUAGUGAAAGUUGUAUCAAUGCAGUCUCUUCUGCUAUGGUUUCCAAGCUCAACCUCAAGAUGACCCCUCACCCGAAUCCGUAUAAGGUUGCUUGGAUCAACUCGACUACAAUAGAAAUUAAGGACCGCAGCCUCAUUCCCAUAGAAUUCGUGGGAUAUCAAGACAAGAUUUGGUGUGAUGUUUUGGCCAUGGACGUAGGUCAAAUUAUCCUGGGUCGCCCAUGGUUAUUUGACAAUGACGUUCAUAUCUAUGGGAGGUCGAACACCUGCGUGUUCGAACACAAUGGAAAGAAAAUUAAGUUAAUACCCUCCCAACCCAAACCCCCCAAGACGGAAGCCAAGCCUACUCCUGCUAAACAAAGCAAAGGGCUACACCUCUUGACUGCUAAGGAAGUAGAAGAUGAAAUCACCCAAGGAGCACCAAUGUAUGCCCUAGUAGCUAUAGAAGUGGAUGAGGAUCAAAAAGAGCAAAUCCCCGAGGAAGUUAAACCCCUUCUUGAGAAUUUUGCUGAUGUGUUCCCUGAUAACUUACCUAACCAACUGCCACCCCUUCGGGACAUACAGCACGCCAUAGAUUUAGUGCCGGGAGCAUCCCUACCCAACCUCCCUCACUACCGUAUGAACCCGACCGAGCAUGCGGAACUGAAGAAACAAGUCGAUGAGCUCCUUCAACGAGGAUUCAUUAAGGAGAGACUUAGUCCGUGCGCUAUUCCUGCACUCUUAACUCCCAAGAAGGACGGCUCGUGUCGGAUGUGUGUUGAUAGCCGCGCUAUCAACAAAAUAACCGUCAAGUAUAGGUUUCCCAUUCCCCGUUUGACACUCUUUUCCAAGAUAGAUCUUAAGAGUGGAUACCAUCAAAUUAGAAUCCGUCCAGGAGAUGAAUGA